UUUAAACUGUUAAAAUGUUUAUAAAUUCCUCGAAAAAACAACAAAACUUCGAAAUCACACGCUCCUUGAACGCCGCAAGUGAUAGUCUCUGCCAAUUACGAACGACGCUCCAACAACUCACAGGUGUGAAGAAUUAAAGCUUAAUUUGAUGCUAAUUCGUGGCAGCUGUGUCUCCGCAAAAAAGAAACAGGAAAGUCGAAGGAGCUGCGCUGGUGUGACUGCACGGUGAAAAGUGAAUAAGCACAUUUGGGACUGCGUCGUGACUGAGAGAGAGCAGCAUCCAUCUUCAUCCUGAUACACCCGCCUCUUCCUCCUCAUCCUCAUCCCGGAUCAGCACAAACAGCAGUGGUGGGGACGACCACCAUGUAAAGACAGACAGGCAGCAGCGGAAACAGCAGAACAGCAGCGAUGGGAAGCAACACAUGGACCGGGUCUGGACUGCAGCCGUGGUGAGCCUGAGACCUACAGGACCUGAAACCGCCAUUAUUGCCCUGCUCAGGACCUGACCACUGGGGCUGUCCGACACUCACCUGGAUGCUCCCCGCUCGCGUUUCCUCGCCUCCCUCCAUCUUUGAUCUCUGCUGCUCCUUCUCCGUUUCUCCUCUUCAGUUUUUGGUCUGCUGACACCUGCCACUUUCUGUCUGAACAGGCAUCAGGCUUUCUUUUUGACAUAUUACCUUGGAUUUUUUCUUUUUUUGCUCCAUACUUUUUUUGGAUGAGCCAGAGCUCAUCCCCCUGUUGUGCACCAUUUAUCUUUAAGCAAUAAGAAAUAAUAAUCGAACCAACUUGACCAGCUGACACCAUGGGGGACCUGGCCAACAGCGAUUUUUAUGCCAAGAACCAAAGAAAUGAUAGCAUCCGGCUGGCGGGCUUCGGCUGCUCGGUCAUGGAGCUGCGCUCCUUGAUGGAGCUGCGCGGCACAGAGGCAGUGGUGAGGAUCCAGGAGGACUAUGGGGGCAUGGAUGGAAUGUGCACGCGGCUGUCGACCUCACCUACGGAAGGUCUUACAGGUGCUCAGCCCGACCUGGACAAGAGAAAAGAAAUAUUUGGGAAAAACAUGAUACCUCCAAAGAAGCCAAAAACCUUCCUGCAGCUGGUAUGGGAGGCGCUGCAGGAUGUCACCCUCAUCAUCCUGGAGGUUGCUGCACUGAUCUCCCUGGGCCUUUCCUUCUACAGUCCUCCUGGAGACAACACUUCAGAAGCCUGUGGAGAAGCAGCAGGCGGAGACGAGGGCGAGGGAGAGGCUGGCUGGAUCGAAGGCGCAGCCAUCCUGCUGUCCGUGGUGUGUGUGGUGCUGGUGACGGCCUUCAACGACUGGUCGAAAGAGAAGCAGUUCCGUGGCUUACAGAGCCGCAUCGAGCAGGAGCAGAAAUUCCAGGUGGUGCGGGGCGCGCAGGUCAUACAGCUGCCGGUGACCGACAUCGUGGUCGGAGACAUUGCACAGAUUAAAUAUGGUGAUCUGCUUCCAGCUGAUGGAGUAUUGAUCCAAGGCAACGACCUGAAAAUAGACGAGUCUUCACUGACCGGAGAAUCCGACCAUGUCAAGAAGUCUGCAGACAAGGACCCCAUGCUGUUGUCUGGUACUCAUGUAAUGGAAGGGUCAGGGCGAAUGCUGGUGACGGCUGUCGGUGUCAACUCUCAGACUGGAAUCAUCUUCACCCUGCUGGGUGCGAGCUCAGAGGAAGAGGAGAAGAAAGAGAAGAAAGUGGAAGACGGACACCGGAACGCAGACUGCUCCCAUCCACCCAUGCAUCCUAUCGCAACUAUAGCCACGGAUGGGGCGGCAGGCAUUAAUGCCCCUGGCAGUGCCAGCCUAAUUAAUGGUAAAAUGCAGGAUGGCAAUAUGGAGAACAACCAGAUUAAAGUAAAGAAGCAGGACGGAGCAGCUGCUAUGGAGAUGCAACCUCUGAAGAGCGCCGAAGGCGGGGACGGGGAUGAGAAAGAGAAGAAGAAGGUGUCGGUGUCCAAGAAGGAAAAGUCCGUCCUGCAGGGGAAGCUCACCAAACUGGCCGUCCAGAUCGGCAAAGCAGGUCUGCUCAUGUCAGCCAUUACUGUCAUCGUCCUGGUCCUGUAUUUUGCCAUCGACACCUUUGUGAUGCAGAAGCGAGCCUGGCUGCCUGAGUGCACCCCCGUUUACGUCCAGUUCUUUGUCAAGUUCUUCAUCAUCGGUGUGACUGUCUUGGUGGUUGCCGUGCCAGAGGGGCUGCCACUGGCUGUCACCAUUUCACUGGCGUAUUCUGUCAAGAAAAUGAUGAAAGACAACAACCUGGUGCGUCACCUGGAUGCGUGCGAAACGAUGGGCAACGCCACCGCUAUCUGCUCUGACAAGACAGGCACGCUGACGACCAACCGCAUGACAGCGGUGCAGCUUUACGUGGGAGACAUGCACUACAAAGAAAUCCCAGAUCCCGGAGCCCUGCCUCCCAGGACAUUGGAGCUAAUGAUUAAUUCCAUCGCCAUCAACAGCGCCUACACCACCAAAAUACUGCCCCCAGACAAGGAGGGCGGUCUCCCCAAGCAGGUGGGCAACAAGACCGAGUGCAGCCUGCUGGGACUGGUCCGGGACCUGAGGCGGGAUUAUCAAACAAUAAGGAACCAGAUGCCUGAAGAGAGGCUUUACAAGGUCUACACUUUCAACUCCGUCAGGAAGUCCAUGAGCACCGUCAUCAAACUGCCUGAUGGGAGUUUCCGCAUGUACAGCAAGGGAGCCUCGGAGAUCGUGCUGAAAAAGUGCAGCCAUGUCCUGAACGAGGUUGGAGAGCCACGAGUGUUCCGGCCGCGGGACAAGGAUGAGAUGGUGAAGAAGGUGAUUGAGCCCAUGGCGUGUGAAGGCCUGAGAACCAUCUGCGUGGGCUAUCGUGACUUCCCCAGCAAUCCUGAGCCAUGCUGGGAGGAAGAAGGAAUCAUCCUCAGCGAUCUCACAGCCAUUUGUGUCGUGGGGAUAGAGGACCCUGUCAGGCCGGAGGUGCCUGAUGCCAUCCAGAAGUGCCAGCGUGCGGGCAUCACGGUCCGCAUGGUGACAGGGGACAACAUCAACACAGCCCGGGCCAUCGCCAUCAAGUGUGGCAUCAUCCACCCCGGAGAGGACUUCCUGUGCAUCGAUGGGAAAGAAUUCAACAGACGGAUCCGCAACGAGAAAGGAGAAGUGGAGCAGGAGCGAAUUGACAAAGUUUGGCCAAAACUCCGAGUUCUGGCCAGAUCUUCUCCAACAGACAAACACACGCUCGUCAAAGGAAUCAUUGACAGCACCAUGGUGGACCAGAGACAGGUGGUGGCAGUGACGGGUGAUGGAACCAACGACGGCCCGGCCCUGAAGAAGGCCGAUGUCGGCUUUGCUAUGGGUAUCGCUGGUACUGAUGUGGCGAAGGAGGCGUCGGACAUUAUUCUGACGGACGACAACUUCAGCAGCAUCGUCAAGGCGGUCAUGUGGGGCCGCAACGUCUACGACAGCAUCUCCAAGUUCCUUCAGUUCCAACUCACGGUCAACGUUGUGGCUGUUAUCGUUGCGUUCACCGGAGCCGCCGUCACGCAGGACUCUCCCCUGAAGGCCGUGCAGAUGUUGUGGGUCAACCUGAUCAUGGACACCUUCGCCUCCCUGGCUCUGGCCACAGAGCCCCCUACUGAGAGCCUGCUGACGAGGAAGCCAUACGGACGCAACAAGCCGCUCAUCUCCAGCACCAUGACGAAGAACAUCUGUGGACAUGUCAUCUACCAGCUGAUCAUCAUCUUUACUUUACUUUUUGUUGGUGAAAAGAUAUUUGACAUUGACAGUGGCCGCAACGCCCCUCUCCACGCUCCUCCAUCUGAGCACUACACCAUCAUCUUCAACAGCUUCGUCAUGAUGCAGCUCUUCAAUGAGAUCAAUGCUCGGAAAAUCCACGGGGAAAGAAACGUGUUCAACGGGAUCCAAAACAACCCGAUCUUCUGCAGUAUCGUCCUCGGCACCUUCGCAGUGCAGAUUAUAAUUGUGCAGUUUGGGGGGAGACCAUUUAGUUCUACACCUCUGGACCUGGAGAAGUGGAUGUGGUGUGUUUUCCUAGGGUUGGGUGAACUUAUCUGGGGACAGGUCAUAGCCACCAUUCCCAAUAACAAGUUACGCUUCCUGCGGAGGGCCGGACAGUUGACUAAGAAAGACGACAUGCCAGAGGAGGACGUCAAUGAAGAUAAUGAGGAAAUAGACCACGCGGAGAGGGAGCUGAGGAGAGGACAGAUUCUCUGGUUCAGAGGACUCAACCGCAUCCAGACUCAGAUCCGUGUUGUGAACGCAUUCCGCAGCUCCCUCUACGAAGGCCUGGAGAAACCAGAUUCCAGAACAUCCAUCCACAACUUCAUGACGCAACCCGAAUUUAGGAUAGAAGACUCCACCCCCAGCCUGCCCCUCAUCGACGACAUGGACGAUGACUCUGCCCGGAGGAGGAAGAAGCACUCCAGCCAGCCCACGUCCCCCAACAAGAACAACAAUGCCAUCGACAGUGGCAUCAAUCUCACCAUUGACACCAGUAAAUCCACCGCUUCCUCCAGCCCCGCCAGCCCCCUACACAGCUUGGAGACCAGCCUCUAACCUCCAGUCUAACCUUAGCGUCUACAUCUGACCUCCUCUCCUGCUCCUGCAGUCUGGGUGAAUUCUUCUGCUCCAGACCCAGUGCUACCACUAAGGCAGGAAAACCUCCUGUGGCGACAUGUCCAUGUCCAUGUCCAUGUCCAUUUUUUUUUUUUUUUUUUUAAACUCAAGCUCUUACAGCUCUCUGAUUUAGUUUUUGUCUUUUCUUUUUUUUUUUCCUCAAAACUGAGAAUAUUUACAGUUCUACUGCAAGGUUAAUAAAAACCAUACAAUCAAAAAAGCCACAAAUCCUACACAGCCAUCCUGCUUUUAUGGUUGUAUGUGUACACCGGCAGCAGUACUGGUACCUAUGACUACGUGUAUAUUAGCAUGUACUGUAUAAGUGUGCUGCUGACUGCACAUACUGUAUAAUAAACUGUGUCGUGGGUGGCACUGAAAGGAGGAUGAAAAGGGAGUCGAGUAAAAAAAAAAAAAAAAACCAACCACCCGGACUCAGAGGACUGUCCUUGUCGCUCCCUUUUACUCCACAAUAACAACAUUGUCAAAUACUGAUAAUAGUUUAAAUUCAAUUGAAAAUGCAUUGUUGAGAUUUUAAUUAUUACUGUUACCACUAUCGUUGCUCCUGCAUGAAUGUACAUUUCCGGAGUCUUAUUUAAAAAGAGUUGUAUUUUUCUGGGAGGCUCAUUGGUUCUGGACGAACUCGGCCUCGUGACCACAAACUAUUUUAAAGACAGCGUUUCUGAGUCACUCGCCCAUAAAGUCCCGUCAUCUGUGUGGCAUGAACAUGUUACAAACCUGUUAAAAAAAAAAAGAAAAAAAAAAACAAAAGAAAAAAAAUGUAUUUCAUUCAUACAACAACGACGUGUGGCAAGGCGGUCGGGCCUCGCAUUGCACAGUAGUUUUGCACCUGUCGGAAACGGAGGAACACGAACAAGCAUUUACGGGGAUUUAUUCUAUAUAUAUAUAAAUAUAUAUAUAUAUAUAUAUACAUAUAUUUAGAGAGAGUUUAUCUUUGUUUGUCAGCAUGUUGCCUUGUUCCCGCUUCAACGGCUCGAGAUACUUUUAAAUUAUUUAUGUCUUAAAGAGAAUGUAAUUUGUUUACAACCUCGUAGAGAUAACAAUUUCUGGUUUCUAGACGGAGGGAGGUGAAGCUUUAGCUCGGAUAACUAGAGCUGUGUUGGUGUGUUAUUACAGAAAGAAAAAAAAAACGUGCUGGAGUUUGCCUGCUAUCUUGUCAAAAAAUGUAGAUAUUCUUAGAGGAUUAACAACCAAAAAGAAACCAAACUUUAACGGGAAACAUAAUAAAUGUGGAAUCUUAGUAUUACUCUAUAUGAUUGUCGGGAUGGAGUUGGGGCGACUUGCCUUUGGGAUUUUUUUUUUUUGUUCUUGUUUUUGUUUUCCUAAUCAGAGGUGUCCUUUUGUGACGGAAGGGUAAUAUUUAAUUCUUUAUUUAACGACAACUUCUUGCUCUGUUCCAGUUGUGUUUAUUCCUUCCUCUGUGUUCAGCGUUGACCUGGCUCAGGGCUCAAUAAAGGCUGAUUUCAGGACACUGUCAAGUGAAGAAUCUUUUGAGAUAAAAAAAACAGAACAAAAACACCUGUGUAUGUGUAAGGGAGGUGUGACCACCAGAGGGCUCCAAAUGAGUCGUUUUAGAGAUUUAUGGCUUGUAAAUCUAAAUCUUUCUUUUUGAUAAAACCUCAUGCUUUUGCUCUUGGAUUCGGGUUUUAUUUAUUUCAGGUAUAUUUUUUUGGGAGGAUUUUGUUUUGUUUUCAUGUCCUCAAACAGCAGGACUCCCGCCGCCACACAGAGACCUUGAAAGAGGAAAAAAACAAACAAACCACAAAACAAACAUCACGGAGUCAAACGGAAUGUCGCUUUCCUUCUUUUUCUAUAUAUCAGAACGUUCAUUUUCUGCACUAUCUGGUUAUGAAUGAAAAACUUCUGUGGUGUAACUCUCGAUGUGCUUUUGUGUGUUUUAAAUCGAGCUUGUCUUCCUGCCGUCACGGAAUAUACCGCGCUCUCGCAGCUCAGCCGUGCUCACGUAGUCGUGAACUAUUUAUUGUGCUUUGACCAAACAGACAUCACCAGAGAGAGGUUUAACAAACAGCAAUCACACGCAGCCAACCCCAGUUCAGUCCUAUUGCACUCCAGAAAGGCCUGUACUCCUUCUUCUUACUCUAAUACUAACUAUCUCAAGUUGUUGACAAGCAUGACCUGGUAGGCUCAUUAUGCAACUUGGAAAACUUUUUUUUCCCCUAUAUAAUACCACUCUGUGUACAAUCAAUAAUAAGAACGGUCCCACUUUUUAUAACCUUCCGUCUCCAUCCUUGUCCCAUAUGAUCAGUUCAUCUGCAGAGGCCUCACCAGCUCAGACACAUGGAGAAUAAAUAAUAAAAAAAAAAUCUCAUUUAUGUUAAAAAAACAAACACAACCAUCUGGAGUUUGUUUCACUGUUUUGGAGCCAAUUUUUUUAAAAUUUUUUUUUUUUUUUAUAAAACCUGUCCAUUUAUUCUGUUAAGGUGCAACCUAGGAGAACAUGAAGCUGCGUGAGGAAAAAAUGUCCCACUUUUUCAAUAGACAUUUUGCAUUCAGCUUUAAAUUGGUGCAAAGAUGAGGAGUUUGAUAAUUAAAAAAAAAAAAACAACAACUUUGUAAAUACAGUAUUCAGACCUCGAGCCCUGUUGCAGACGCAGCAGCUGUUUGGCUGCAUGUUCUCGGUCGACGCUCCUGUCACACACACACCCAUACACACACACACACAGUUCUCAUCCAAAUAACACCAUGAACUGAACCAAGUGAUAAUUAAGUCUGACGACGACACAGACGAUGACGCCGAUAAUAUCGAUGAUACUUUUUUUUUUUUUUUUUGCAAUAUACUCUCACCUGUCUCGAUGUACUGUAUUUAGCCGCAUGCCGUUUGUGGAACAAAGAAAAGAGAAAUGUCAUCAGAUUACAUUUUGGCAUUACCAUUUAUGGGUAAGUGAUUUAAGUGUUGAUCUUGUUUUUAUGAUUUUUUUUUCUUUUUUUAAAAAAACCUAUACAAUAAUUGUAAAUAAAGAACUCAAUGUCUUUGUUCAUUUACUACUAUGCAAAAGUGGAGCUUCUCUGAUUGUUACCCAACUUUAAUCCCGAGUUUGUUGCUGGAAUGUUUAUGGUUUCAACAGUCGGUGAAGUGCAAUGUCAUGUCAAUGAUUUUCUAGCCACAGACGAGAGUUAAAUGAUGUUGACAAUUGAUAUGUGACAACGGUGAUAAUAAUGAUGUCCAUGAUGAUGAUGAUGAUGAUGAUGAUGAUGAGAACUAUGCUGCUGAUGAUGAUAAUGAACUGUGACUCUUGCUGCUUGGCUGUCCCAUUUACCCCACUCCUGACAGGAGCGCAAGUGACAAACAUAAUAAUAAUAACAACAACAAUAAUAAUAAUAAUAGUAAUAAUAAUAAUUUUUAAAAAAUCACUAAAUAAAUCUCCCAGAGCAGCAUGACCCAAUAUGGUGUGUCCUGGACCAGUGUGACAUGUUCUGUUCUUAUUUAUUGUCCUACACCAGACACUUUGACUUUCUCUGAUUAUUUUUGUUUGACUUGUAAAUACACUUAUUUAAUUCAAAAGAUUCCUAAUUCCUAUAAUCAUUAUCUAUUCUAAAACUAGGUUUAAUUCUUCAUUAUCAUGGGGAGGCCAACAUCUUAAGGCACCAGAACUCCAGGGGUUUUCAAAAAUAAACAUUUGGAUCACAGAAGAAUAACUCAGUCGUUCAUAAUAAUGACUUUGUUUUUUUCCUGUGAAGACA